AUGGUUUUGACAUCCAAUCAGACAUUAACGACGCGUGUAUAUCCAGCUCCCAAUGGUUAUCAUUGGUACCCGUAUAGUCCUGACGAUUGCCCUCCGACUUAUCAAACUAUUCUACAAGGUGUUUGUGCCCCAUUAAUCAUUAUUAUAUCCACUGUGUUAAAUUCUUUGAUUGCCGUUGUUUUGCUUCAGAAACAUCUUCGGUCACCUACAAAUAUUCUAUUACUCGCUCUCGCACUAUACGAUACAUUGACGGGACUAUUUCCUUUUCCAACCUAUAUUUAUGUAUUUACAUUUCAAAAAUGCGAUGAUUAUAUGCCUUAUAAUUAUGGUUGGUUUCAUCGAAUUAAUUGUGAUGUGCUUCCAUUUAUUUUUCAUACAUGUUCGAUCUGGGUAACUGUUGUUCUAGCCAUUCAACGAUACAUCUAUGUAUGCCAUUCAGAAAAGGCCAAGCAAUGGUGUACAGUUCCUAUGGCAUUGAAAGCCAUCGUUGCUGUUAAUAUUUUAGCGUUAAUCGUGGCAAUCCCGAUGUUUCUCGAAGGUGCAUUUUAUCCACAUCCAGUUCAGUCCUUAUUCGAUUCCAAAGUUGUCUUUGAUGCAUGUCUCGUACGUGAUUAUUCAGAGCAUGAAACCUAUCGUAGAUAUUAUUUAAUAUAUUUUGUUUUACGUGCUCUAUUAAUUAAUGUUGGUCCAUGUACUGUACUUGUUAUAUUGAAUGCCAUCUUAGUUCAGCGGAUGAAAGAAGCCAAACAGAACCGAGAUCGACUUAUUGUCAAACGUAGCCAUGAAACUCGGGCACAAGAACAAACGAGUGUUACAUUGAUGCUUGUCAUUGUGGUCACAUUAUUUUUGAUUGUCGAAAUUCCAAUGGCAUUGCAUUUGAUCAUAUCUGGUGUAAUCAAAACUCUACAAAUCAUCUCCUUAGCCGAAUUUUUAAAUGUUUCCGCUCAAAUACUUAAUUUUACGGUCUUAUUGUCAUAUCCAAUAAAUUUCUUUAUUUAUUGUCGAAUGUCGCGAGCAUUUCGAGAUGCAUUUACCAAACUUCUCUGUCCUUCAAUAAAUCAACCUCGACGAGAUCGUUUACCUUCAGCAACAACGCAACUUCUCUCCAAAUCUCAGCAUAACAACAAUUUCGAACUUAGUAAAACGAACUUUGAAACGAGACAUACUGACUUUGAGAUUCGUCCGUCGCCAACUGUGAUAUUAAACUCUAUGACGGCCGAAACUGCAAUAUCAACAGCACCUUGUCACACGAACGACGAUCGAAAAAAAGAUUCAAUCGUUUCUUUAGAUCAACAUCUUUCUUCUCAUAACAAACUCGAGUCAACAACUCAUGCAAAAUCGACUGAUUUGUAA